GAUGCCAGGUUUAAGUACGCUUAUGUUGGUUUUAAAUGCACUUUUGGAGUGAAUCGUACAAGACCUGGAUUGAAAUUGAAAAACAAGUCGUCUAAAUGUUGCAAUUGCUCGUCUUCAUUUCGCGUGGUUUUGCAUUAUAGUGAAUACAUAAUUGCUUCCCACAAUAUGGUGCAUAACCAUCCAUGCAGCAGGGUGUACAUGCAGAAUGACCCAUGGUAUAGACGACUAACAGUUGAAGAGAAAGAAAAUAUUGAACCACUUCUUCAGCAAUCCCACUCAUCCGAUGAAAUAAUAAUGCAUGUUAAGGAGAAGUACAACAAGGAUAUAACUCGCAUUGACGUUAAAAAUAUGAAAGCCGCAGUGAAUAAAGGUAUUUCGAGUCGUCGUGACAUUUUUGAAUUCCUAAAAUCCCGUGGGAAGUUAAUGGAGUAUUAUUCCGAUGAACCGAUCAGGAAUUCACUAACAAGAAUUUGUUUUGCAACUUAUGAGCAAAUGGAAUUGUAUAAACAGUUCCCUGAAGUUGUUGGUAUUGAUUCGACGUAUAAUACAAAUAAAGGGAAGUAUUCUUUGUUCCAGCUACUUGUGACGGAUAAUUUUGGUCGUGGACGACCAGUUUUAUUUGCGUGGACUAGAAAAGAAUUCAAACGAGAUGUAGUUUGGAUAUUAGACUGUUUCCGGCAAAUAAUGGAAGACACCUCGAAAACAGAAUCCUUCAUUAUGGAUUGUGCGCAAGCUGAAAUAGCAGCCGUCAAGUUAACGCACAGACAAGCGCACAUUGUUUUGUGUUCUUUUCAUGUUUGCCGAGCUUUCUGUCGGAAAGUAAGUUUUUCAAAGCAUACUUUACAUUUUAUUCGUAGACAAGAAAUCCCAUUGUGAAGAACUACUUAUGCCGUCUAGUGCAGUGUAAAAGGAGAUCAGAGUAAUGCCUCUAUUGUUCUCAUUUUGCAGAUUUAAUUUCUACUUCAGAGUUAUUAGCAGAUUGGACGCUAAUGUCAGUCAAUACCUACAACGUCGUUGGAUGCAUCGACGAGAAUUGUGGGCGGCCUGUUUCAGAGAUAACGUGCUGACUUUUGGGAACGAUACAAAUAAUCGUGUCGAGAGUUCCCACAAGCAGAUGAAACGGUUUUUGCAAAGAUCUGAUAGUCUGCAUAAAAGUAUGCUAAAGGUGUAUAAAUGGCAUAAACGAAGUUUUUCAAUAAUACAGCAGGAGGCGAAUAUUGCUCAAUCACGAUGCUUCACGUAUCCCUGUUCACAAAGUUUAAUCCCAAUUAUACGGUUGCUUACACCAUACGCCGCGAGGAAGGUAAUACGUGAAUACCAAUUGCGACGAUGGGCUACUGUUGAGUUCGAAUCCGUUGAUUAUGUAUUUUUCAAAGAAAAUGGGAAAACAGUGCAGGUUGAUCUGAGUGCUUGCAC